GGCCUUGAUAGUUCUCGAUUCCCCAACCACACCAUGGACACCCUGUCCGAAGUUGUAAUCGCACUGCUGAAAAACUCCGUGGACGCCCACAGCUUCUCGGUCGCGAUCCGGAUUUGUCCGGAGCUGUUCUGGCUGCAGGUGCUGGACAAUGGCGACGGUUUCGACGAGGCAGAUCUCGCUGGUGUGGGUAAAUGCAGUUGUCCGUUGAACAUCGACUUCAAGCAGAUGAAGCCGGUGAAAAACUUUGCCCGCCUGACCGGGUCUUCCCUGCUCGAAAUCAUCGGACGCUGCGAGGAAGUGCUGAUUGAAACGCUCGACUGUCGGCAUGGUGACGCCAAAUCCCACUCCCGGAGCUUCAAACAUCCCGCCGCAACGGGUCACAAUUCCUCGCAGGCCGAUGUAACGACCACCCAGUACCAGCGGCAGUGCGUCCGCAAAUCCCAAGGAACAACGGUCACGCUGAAGAACGUGUUCUGGCAGGACCCGGACCGGGGGAGGCGGCACUCGCGCAAGACGGAUGACGAUUACCGGAAGCUGUUGGCGGAUUUGCGUGCGUUUGCCCUGGUGCACUUUGAUCGGUCCUUUACGUUGCAGAACCUGAGCACGUCCGAGGUGGAGUUCAAGAGCAAAAAAAAGACAACACUCAUCGCCAAGUACUGCGAACUGUACCAACUCUCGGAGCAGGACGUCGAUAUAACAACCUGCACCAAGGACAACGUUUGCAUCGAGGGCUACUUCAGCCGCCGGGAAGCGCGCCAUGCCCUUGAACCAGUACAGCUCACCUUCACCAAUGGGCUGGCAAGUGAGGCUUACCUGCCGACCGUGAAUGACGUUCUGACGCAGCAAAAACAAUCGCUCGAUUUCGUGCUGGUUGCGACCUACCCCAAGAACGAUGUCCUCACCCAGCUAGCCGAACCCGUCCUGCGAAAUUGCCUGCUGCGGUGCCUGAAUCAGUACAAAAAGUCACUCGAGAACCGCCGGAAGCAAGCCAUUGUUGUUGUUUCCCCGGAACAAAUAUCUGCUCCCCAACCCCAACCCCACCCCGCAGACGAAGAGGACAUUCUGUACGGACUCAACAGCAGCCAACUCGACGAGGACAAACGAAAGGCCGUCGCAAAGUGCUCUCUAUGGUUGCGCACCAGUGACUUUACGGUGCGACCGGAGGACUUGAACCUGGAUCAGCAAAUGAACUCUCGAAAAAAUGGCAACGGGUCAAAUGAAAAUCGAGGCAAAUCAAACCACGACCAGCCGGUUGACUUUUUUGCCUCGCCCAAAGCCGGUCAAACAAAGUUUCAGGCACGACCCGAGCCGGCUGCGAGCACGCCCCUCAGAAAUAAACUUCCCGCAAAGUUACCGGUCCCGAAAUUCCUGCCCGAACCGACACCGCCCGCGGCUCCCUCCAAGCUGCCUCGGAAGCCCCAAAGAAUCUCUCAACGAACUCCACAAAAACGCUGGAAAGUAGUUGAGAUAAAAAAGAAGAAGAAGGCGCAAGUCAACGAUAGUGGAGGCACUGCUGCUCUUGAACCGGCUCAUCCCGAAGAGAAACCCCUCGCCAAACAUCGGGUGACAAAACCCACUUCAGCAGCUCAAGUUGAAAUCCCAACUCGUUUUGACAGAAGGAAUAAUAGGGACAACGCUAUAAAUAACGUCCUCUCACCGACACGUGAGGACCAUCCCAAGACGACUCCCAACGAGCCAUCCCCCGGAGAUUUGUCCUUCUUCCGGGAAUUUGAACAAACCAUCGUACCGCAAAAAGAUGCUAGCUUUCUUAACAUUUGCUCCGAUUUGAACGGCGUAGGGGACAUUCACGUUAAACGGAACGAAACGGUUUUUGAAGGUUGUGGCUCCUCCGGCAGUCCAACUCAAGCAGCAACUCCCAACAUUUUGAACAAUCAAAGUGCAAUGGAGAGUGAAAUUUUCAACAUCUUCCCGGAGGCCCACUUCCUCGCACCACGGCCGCCCGACCCAAGCGACAGACUCGCCAAAUCCCCCACGUCCCGGUACGAGGGGCUCGACCUGCCGGAAUGCUACGCGGACUUCCACGAAGAUUGCCACGAGACGGUUCAGCACUACCGGAUGGCGGUGGCGAUGACAGUUACAACGGAAGAACGACGUACAGCGGGCCCCCGCAGUCCAGCCAGUCGUGAAAUCGAAAUCCUCCGGCAGCCGUUCCACGAGCCACGGUACUUGCUUCGUCCGAACCGGCACUGGUGACGACCGGGCGCGGCGUAAUUGACACGUGUUCGGGGGGGUGGUGGAUUCCGGUAAUAAAAUGUCAGACUGUUUCCUUGUUUCUCGUUGAUGUGCGA